GAUGAACUCUGAUGGUGUAGUGAGGAUUUUCUUUUCCUUCUUUCCCUCUGCGCUCAAUUGGGUUCGCUUGUUCUUCUUCAAAGCACACGCCAGGUUGAUGAUCCGAAGCACUACUCCACUAUUGGUGCUGGCACUUGCCUUGGUGGCUUGGUUAGCCUUUAGCAAUGACGAUGAGAGGCUCUUUGAGAAUAUGAACUUUGAACUGCUGGAUCGAACAGUCUGGACGUUGCCUGAGGACUACUGGAACCAUGGGCUUGCUAGUCGCAAUGAAUGGGCAAUUGACAAUGAUGUGCCUGUUCAGUUCAGGCACGGUGUUGCGUCUGGAGACCCAACUCAGGACACUGUUAUCCUGUGGACAAGAAUAAGCCCUUCGAACACUGUUGAAAUAUCCAAUACCACGCUGAUUCCAGUGUGGUUUAUAAUUCGUGAAGCUGGAUCAGAGAACUUGGUGCUGCAUGGAAAGACAUAUACAAAUGGUCUUGUCGACUAUACUGUGAAGCUUGAUAUCCAGGGCCUUUCACCAAACUCAUCCUACAGCUAUAUCUUCUUCAAUGAUGAUUCUAAGUCCACACUUGGUCUUACAAGAACUUUGCCUCUGGACGACGAGUUGGACUCGCUGAAAUUGGCCGUCUAUUCAUGUGCGAAUUAUGCUGGUGGGUAUUACCAUGCGUAUAAGAUGCCAGUCGUUAAGGAAAGCGUUGAUUUUGUUGUCCAUCUUGGUGAUUAUAUCUACGAAUACGCCAAUGGUGAAUAUACAAACGGCACUCAUCUAGACAGAGACCAUAAGCCGGAGCACGAGUGUUACUCAUUGGAGGACUAUCGUACUCGUUACUCACUGUACCGUUCUGAUAUGGCCCUACAAGAAUCGCACGCACGCUUUCCAUGGAUUCUAGUAUGGGACGACCAUGAAGUCACAGACAAUUCAUGGCUGCGUGGGUCUGUUCAUACAAAGGGUUAUGAAUUUUUGAAGAGACGUGACGCUGCGACUCAGGCCUAUUUCGAAUGGCUACCAAUUAGACAUCAGCGUGAUAUCAACAAGAUCUGGAGGUCUUUCAAGUUUGGCUCGUUGUUCAAAUUACAUAUGCUUGACACCAGGCACUACUCUCGUGACAUCACAGACUACUACACAAACCAGGACUUCAUCAGUGGGAUAAAGGAGUACGACGAUAGAACCAUGCUAGGGUAUGAUCAAGAGACAUGGUUAGAGAGACAACUCGUCAAAAACGACACCGUCUGGGAUUUGAUCUCCAGCCAGUGUGUCGUCCGAGAUAUCAACUUCACAUUGCCAGAGACCGGGGGCAUCGGCUUCCCCUUCGAAGAGCUAAACCAGGAUGCCUGGGACGGGUACGUUGCCAAUAGAAACCGGCUGUUGAACUUCCUCCAGGCAAACCACCUGAAGAACUCUGUUCUGCUAAGUGGCGACUUCCACAUUGCCAUUGUGAGCGAGCUGAAGCUCGCCAACGGCACGUAUAGCGUUGACACCGGCGAGGGCUCGGUCAUUGUGGAGUUCACCACAAGUGCCGUGAGCUCACCGUCAACGUUUCCCAGAAACCAAUCUGAAGGCCAAGCUCUUGCGAUGUCUCAAGAGCUCGUCCGCGAGAACAACCUCAUCUGGAACGAGGGCUACCUCAGGGGUUACUACGAGCUCUGCAUCGCCAGGGAUCAGAUCCAAGCAGACUACUUCGGCGUCGACGUCCAAUCGUCACAAUUGCACGAGCAGCAUCUGGCGCACUUCGUCAUUAAAAAGGACACGGGACACAUAGCCAGAGACUCCAUCGUCGUCCAUAAAGGUGCAUUGAACACGGCACUGUCCAAUGGCCUCACCCAGUAGCCAUUGGCCACCAGCCAUUUGCCCACAUCCCAUCCAUAGAAACACCCAUAUAUAACAUGAACAAGUUGA